UGCGCCCUCGCGCUAAGGGGCUGGGAGCCGAGCUGGAGCCGCGCUGAGCGGGGGAAGAGCUGAGCGCACCCGCCUGCCCGCGCUCUUCUGGGGCUGCCGCCGGCGGGAGGAUGGACGGCGCGAGCGCAGGGAGCCAGCGUGGGGCUCGUGCCGCGCGCGCCUGGCUGAGGCGCUCCUGCCGCUGGAGCGCAUUUGGAAACAGCGCGCGCCGCCUCCGUGCCCAGCUGAGCUGCAGCCGCCGCCGCUUCCCUUUCUCCUCCUCGAGCUGCUGAGGCCGUGCCGGAGGGGCUUGGCUGCUCCUCGCAGGCGAGCGCUCGCCUUUCCCAAGCCGCCGCCUCUGGCAGAGUGAGCGCCGUGCCUUCCCAGCGCCGGCCCAGAAGAAAGGAAACGAGAGGAAGGCUCCUCUUCGGCCGGGGGGGGGCGGUUUCUGCCUGGUUCCCUCCCUCCCUCUCGGCUUUCUUCUUUUUUUCCCCUCCGGGUGGGGAGGGGAGGCUCGGCAGAGCCCCAGCAAGGGAAGCCAGGCGCGCAGCCCGCCCGCCCCGGGUGUGCGUAAAGGAGCCAUGCGGGAAUACAAAGUGGUCGUGCUGGGCUCGGGCGGGGUGGGCAAGUCGGCGCUCACCGUCCAGUUCGUGACGGGCUCCUUCAUCGAGAAGUACGACCCCACCAUCGAGGACUUCUACCGCAAGGAGAUCGAGGUGGACUCCUCGCCGUCGGUGCUGGAGAUUCUGGACACGGCCGGCACCGAGCAGUUCGCCUCCAUGCGGGACUUGUACAUCAAGAACGGGCAGGGCUUCAUCCUGGUCUACAGCCUGGUCAACCAGCAGAGCUUCCAGGACAUCAAGCCCAUGCGGGACCAGAUCAUCCGGGUCAAGAGGUACGAGAAAGUGCCCAUGAUCCUAGUGGGCAACAAGGUGGACCUGGAGGGCGAGCGGGAGGUCUCCUUCGGGGAAGGCAAAGCGCUGGCCGAGGAGUGGAGCUGCCCCUUCAUGGAAACUUCGGCCAAAAACAAAGCCUCGGUGGACGAACUCUUUGCCGAGAUCGUCCGGCAGAUGAACUACGCUUCCCAGCCCAACGGGGACGAUCAGUGCUGCUCUUCUUGCGUGAUCCUCUGAAAGGAGGCACCCACGCGCGCACGGCGUUUUAGGUUGUGGUUUCCUUUGUUAAAAAAAAUUAAAUCAAGGUUUACAAAAAAAAAGAAAAUAGAGCCGCGCAAAGGCGGGCGACCAGUGUCAUCCUGUGAAAAUUCAAGUUUUGAAACAAAUUCCGCAUCGCGCCAGGAUUCCUUCUUAGGUUACGGUUUCUGUUGCUGCUGCGGGUGUCAUGGGUGUGUGCGUCGUCUCUCGUUAACAUCUGGCCGAAAACAAGAAAAAAACCCAACCUCGUGGGAAAUGUGGCGCUUUCCGCAUGUACGUGCCAUCAAUUUGAUUGUCGCUUAUUUCUUGUAAGUACCUCUUUGGCAGAUGGCUGUAUUGGCGACUGAUAACCGGUAGGAAAAGUUUGUGUGCGUGUGUUGCAGCCAAGAGAGAGAGAAGGGAGUUCAGAGAUCGGUUUUUAAAAAAACUGGAAGAUUGGAAACACACAGACACCUAUAAGAAAUGAAGAGAAGCAGCGAAGGAAGAAAGUUUGUGCAUGUGGGGGAAAGGUUCCAGCCCUCCCAUUUGUCAGUCUGAACUUCAGCCAGUGACUAGGAAAUUUGAUUCUGAGGAGAUUUCUAUGCAAAGUUGGAAUACUUGUUACCAAGCCUAUCCCAUCGGACGAAGUAUUGCACGUGUACUGCCUGGGACAUUAAUGACACUGCUGAUGCCAAUACAGUGUGUGAGGUGCCAGAAAAGUGUCUGCUGAUUUACUUGUGAAAUCUUCUAUUUUGUUUACCUGCUGUAUCGAAAGGGAGGGGAUGGAGAGCAUUUAUUUGUGGUUUUGAUUUUUUUUAAAAAAAAUUCAGCUGUGAAAACAUUACUGAUCUGCACAAUUUUUUAAGUUGUGUGUGUUUUGGGGGGGUUGGCUUGGAGGGGAGGGCAAUGGGGAUGGUUUAAUUUAAUUUGGGGGGGGGCGGGUGGCAAUAACUGAUUGUGACAACUAUCUCUCUAAAGUACAAAGACUUCCUAAAACAUGAUGCAGGGCCAACAGCAACCCUGUGUCAGUAGAGUGCCUUCAAAACAGCAAUUCAACCAGUGCCAUUCUAUGGAAGCUCCAACCGUCCAUUUAUCUACUCUAAAAAAAAAAAACACCACGGUUUCCUUUCAGUAAUCAUAGUGACCAAGCCAGAACAAAAGGGCCUAUUGUCAAUGGAAUUAAUUUCCUAUUUUCCAUUUGAGUCUUUUUAGUCAGUAUAGCUUCCAUGGCUUUCAAAGUUUUUUUUUUAAUAAAAGGGUUUCUUUUAAUUCAAGUUUCAAGGUUAGUAGCUUUUUUUUCAUUUUUGUGUUCCUUGUAAGACGUUCCUUCAACCAGCAACAAAAAGAAUUGUAAUGUGAUGUACCUGGAAAACAAAAUCUCCUUAACUGUAACUUUAAAUUCCAGACAUACCUUUAAUAGAUGUUUUAUUCAUUUAAAAUCUUUUAAUACAGUUUUCAUUUUU